AUACAUGUGAUAUCACUGUGACUGUUGAUGGGAAGGUAGGUCUGAUACAUGUGAUAUCACUGUGACUAUUGAUGGGAAGGUAGGUCUGAUACAUGUGAUAUCACUGUGACUAUUGAUGGGAAGGUAGGUCUGAUACAUGUGAUAUCACUGUGACUAUUGACGGGAAGGUAGGUCUGAUACAUGUGAUAUCACUGUGACUAUUGACGGGAAGGUAGGUCUGAUACAUGUGAUAUCACUGUGACUAUUGACGGGAAGGUAGGUCUGAUACAUGUGAUAUCACUGUGACUAUUGAUGGGAAGGUAGGUCUGAUACAUGUGAUAUCACUGUGACUAUUGAUGGGAAGGUAGGUCUGAUACAUGUGAUAUCACUGUGACUAUUGACGGGAAGGUAGGUCUGAUACAUGUGAUAUCACAGUGACUAUUGACGGGAAGGUAGGUCUGAUACAUGUGAUAUCACUGUGACUAUUGAUGGGAAGGCAGUGAAGGCUCACCUGUGUGUACUGAUGUGUUGUCCUUACUUCAGUUCUCUCUACAGCAGUGGCAUGAAGGAAAGGCUGUCAGGCCAGGUUGACCUCAGUGGUGUCACCUCCCCUGAGACUUUUGAGACUGUGUUGGAGUACAUCUACCUGGGCAAGGCUGUUAUAACAGAGGACAAUGUCUCCAGUAUUCUACACCUGGCUGACUAUCUCCAGCUGGAGGGACUGAAAGACAUGUGCUCCCACCACUUCAUCAGGAAUGGGGUCACCUCCAAGAACUGCCUCAGACUCUGUAUACUAGCCAGCAUGUACGGAUUGCACUCCCUUUACGAUCAGGCCAACCAACGACUGCGUGCGUAUCUGCACGAGGCGUUGAAGGAAGACGACGUUGUGGACUUGUCGGCAGAGUCAUUGCUCGACUUGCUGAAGGAUAAAAAUCUGAAAUACGUGCCAACAAUGGUGUUUUUCGAGGCCUUGAUAAAGUGGGCCAAGCACAAAGAGAUGGAAAGGAGGAAGGAAUUCAAGACGCUAUUCUGUGCCAUAGACCUGUCUAGCGUAAGUUGCAAGGACAUGGAGACAGUGAUCAGAUACCAGGAGCUGGUGUCCAGCGACCCAGACUGUGUGAAACACAUAGAGAACUAUGACUUGGACUUGUCCCUGGGGAAGAUCCACCCCGACACAGAGGAGAAGGAGGUGAUCGUGAUCUCAGGGGGGCGACACACCCCGGACGGCACGCCCCACGCCCAGAUGUAUGGGUUCGUCAUCGAGGACUCUAAAUGGGUGCGAUUGCCCCCGAUGCCAUUCCGUAGUGAUGUCCACGUGUGUACCACGUUGAACCAGCGUGAUUUGUAUCUCGUCCGUCCCAUGCACAUGACGUGGGAGUUUUACAAAUUCCAGGAGAAGGACUCUCAGUGGAGCUCUUCCACCACCGUGCAAGAACCUCUGAUGUCUUACGCCUCCAGGACCAUCAUAUGCUCCGUCACAUGUCGCGGAAUGAUUUGUAUGCUCAAAGACAGAAGCAUGUAUUUCACAGGCAAGCCAUAUCUCUGUUGUUUUAAUCCCCUGAAUACACACAUCGAGAGAUACUUUCCUUUUCAAGACACUUCACUAAUCCCAACCAUGUGCCAACUGGCUUCUGUACUAGACCGUUAUGUUUGUCUGCUUGCCAAGUGUGCUGACUCCAGCCGUAUCGGGCGCGUAGAGACGGUCAGAUUUUACGUCGUGGACCUGCAGGACUGCAUCACGGAGGAGUACUCGCGUGGGGCCCAGUACGGAGAGAUGAUGCACGUGACGGGUCAAAAGAUUUACAUCACCUCACCAGGAAAGAGAUUCAGCAAGGUUUUCGACAUGGAGCUCAAGAGCUGGAAAAGAUGUCGGCGGAGUUUGCCUCCUUUUCCAGACGAACCAUCCCGUAUCAACUGCAUGUCCGUCCCUCACAAGGGGGCCAUGUUUGUGUUCGGUGGGAUGGACCGUGAUGUUCGAGAUGCCCCUCCCCGCAACGGCCAUGUAAUAACCCCUUCAAAUUACCUCAGUUGUUACAAGUACAUGGAGAACCAGGACAGCUGGGAGAGGCUGCCGGAUGCCCCGAGUCAGUUUCACGACAGCUGCGCCACGGUGGUCACUCUCCCGUCCAGCAUCCUCCACUGCACUCCUGACUGUCCUCACUGUGUGGAGAAGUACAAGUUCCAUGACCCCAUCUUUGACAGCUAUGCAAUGAGGGAGAACAUGAUGUACGAUGAUGAGGACGAGGAUGACAUCAGCACGGAAGACGACUGGUCGGACGGGGAGUUGGAUGAUAUAGGACCUGGAGGACCAGAGGACUGCUGUAUUAUGUGACAUCUGGUGACACAAGUGAUGUGGUAAAGUGAGGCUCAAGCCAGUGAUAAGGUCAAGGUCAAAUGAUCAAGGUCAAGGCCAAAGGGAACAGAUGAAAACAAAAAAUAACAGUAUUACCAUACAAUUCUUUUUUCAUCAUGGGAAGGCGCACAUCUUUAGUUUUACAAAAAUUCAACCUUGAACACUGAGCAGUGAGUCAGUGAGAGAUUUGUUCUGAAAGAGAAAGCCAGCAGUGACCUGCUUAGAAUAUUUUCGUUGGAGUAAGAGACGAAGUACAGGAAAUACUCCUUAUUUUGUAACUCCAUCAUAACGGAUGACAGUGUGUCGUGCGAUGAUGUUCAGUAUUCUAAGUUUUAAUGUUUUCUUUACUGCAGCGUCUAGUUCUCUGUUUUGUCAACAGUAUAUUUUUCUCUUUUUCUGUUAUCCAUGCAUUACUUUUUCAAGGAUUUUUGGAUGAGAAAAGGAACAUUUUGGAUUUUUAUGCAUUUUGAGUGUAAAGAUGCUGUGCACUAACAAUGCAACAAGGAUGAAUGUGUUUUGCUGCUAUAUGAAAGGCAGUGGUGGCAAUUUUUAAAUUGAUUUGAGUUGACAUUUAUAACAUGAAUAAACCAUGUUUACA